UUGAUGCAUAGGUUAAAUAUCUCAAAUAGGUUUUGUCUAGUGGUGCGCGGGCGACGCACAUCGGCCCGGCCGCGCACCUCGCGCCACUCAUUCGCACCAAGCGCAAGCGCCGGGUGGCUGCGCUGACACGUACUCUCCGAUAUUUUUUAAUCUACCCUCGUAUCCUAUCGGACGGAAAUAAAUUAUCAAUUAAAUUAAAUCAGUAAAUAAAUAAUAAAAAAAAGUUACCGAAAAUAUAAAACGCAUAGUACAACGUGAAUAACACGCCGGCAUCGAGUGACAGUUAUCUUUAGUGCCUACAUUAAUUAUGAAUGUAUUUGUAAAUAAAUAAAUUGUAACUAAGUGGAACAGGACGAGACUUUAAGGUGUUAUUAAUGAGCCCGUGUUUACCGAAGAAGAGAAACUCCAUGAGUUCUCCGAAGUUGGAGAUGUCCGUGGAGCACCAGAUCCCUGUGUUGAUGAAAAAGACGCAGAUGAGCGGAGAUCGCGCAGGGUCGCAGUGCGGACUGACCUCACUGCUGCCGAUGUCGUGCGGCCGACGCGCCGCGGCGUUCGCGCGCGACCUGCACUCACGCCUCAGCAACCUCGGCGGCGCACACGACGACCACUGUGAGAACAGCUGGCUCACACGCGACGCCAGCGCACAGCACAGGCCCACAACCUCCACCAACACACGAGAUCUCGACACUUUCUACGACUUCGAGCUAGAAUGUGAGAGCCCAUCCAGUCCCGUCGAUGACUACGAGCCUGCCUUCCCAGAAAGAUCUCCCACCGAAGACCAAGAACCACCUUUUUAUGACGUCGACUCUGAGCCUGAAUUAGUUAAAGAACAAGCCAAGUUCUUAUUACAACAACCAGAUAAAACACAAAAUGGGUUCAUAUUUUCUACAGCUUUUUACACAGAGUGCACUCCACCAGUUAAACUUCAACCAAUCUCGCGUGAAAAUGGUCACGCAAACAAACGAUUAUAUUCUGCAAUCACAUUUGAGGGUUGUGCACCACAAAAUAGUCUCGAUGAAAUCGACUGUGCUCCGAAACCGAUCGCUGCCUUACAUACGGACGCUAUUAGCUUAACUAAUUUGCCAAGUGCCACAGUAGACAGUGACUCUGAGUUUGAAUCGGCAAAAAGUGAACCAUCUGAUGGUGUUGAAGCAGAAGAAUUACAAAAUGAAAAAAGUGAUGAAACUCAAGCAACAGAAUGUCUGGAAAAUUUAUCACUGGCCGAAGUUGAAAUCCCACUUGAUGAAGAAACCCCAACAGAGGAAACUAAUGGAAUAGUGGAAUGCAACGAAAUCAGUAGGGAACCUUUAAAAAUAAUAACCAGUGAAGUUUCUGUUGAUAAAGAAAUAUCACCAGCACCUGAAAUCGAGCCGUCCCUAUUAAGUGCAGAAGUGAAUGAUGAAAACCACAACGAAACUGAAGUCGAAGCAGAAGACGACCGACCUCAACGCGUUAGGCGCUGCUCCUCACUCAAAACAGGAAAGACGCCACCCGGCACUCCUGGCCGUAAGAAAAUUGUACGUUUUGCAGACGUUUUAGGCCUCGAUCUAGCAGAUGUAAAGACUUUUAUGGAUGAAAUACCUGUUGUACCCAAAUCUGCUUACGACGAUCUUACUGGUUGCGAUGUACAGAGUACUCCACCAGCAAGACCAGCACCACGACUUGGCGCUCUAACGCUGGUCCCACUGUUCCAACUUCCAGUAGAUAUUACGGAUAAAUUAGAAACGCAAAAUGUGUGCCUUGAAAGUGCUCGCGUGUGUGACGGUGUACAUGUCACCGUGUGUGGCUCUGUACGAGUACGAAACUUAGACUUCCACAAGACUGUGCACAUACGCUACACUAUGAACAGAUGGAAAACAUACACCGACUUGCAGGCAACCUACGUGCAAGGUUCUUGCGACGGUUUCUCUGACCGUUUCCAAUUUGUAUUGUAUGCUCCCGCAAUAUCUUCAGGACAGCGCUUGGAGUUAGCCGUAAGAUUCUUAUGCAAGGGCCAACAGUUCUGGGACAGCAAUAGCAGUGCUAAUUACUGCUUCGACUGCCUCGCGCUAGGCGCGGUAACGCCAGCGAAUGCGACGAAUGCCUCGGGUACGUCGGCGCCACUGCACCCUACGGUCGACUGGCACCCCUCGUUCUACUGACGCGGCUGCACAAAGCCGAGAGGUGACAGUGUCGGAGUGACGAGUGCGCGGGAGUCGCAGUCGGCUCGGAGUGCGCGGGCGGCGCGGCGGGCUCGCCCUGCCGGCGCGGGCUGGAACAUUCCUGUGCGUGCUGCCCGCGGCACCUCGCGGGCGAGGCAGUGCGGGCGUCCUGGGCUCCUGGAUUGAUGAGGCUUCACGUUGUAAAGCGUACUUGUGAUAUGAAUUAGAUUAGGCGUAGAUAUUGUAAACGACGAGUGAACCACUCGUUCUCAGAGUGCCAUUUUGCAGUAAAUAUGUUUCGAGUUAUGUAUGUAUAAUUCAUCAAUUUUUGUUUCGUACUAUGUUAAUUGUAGAUUAGCGUCCCGUAGGACAAUAAAAUGUGAUGAAUGUGCGUGCAGGUGCGCGCUGUUACGCAGCCGCACCGUUCUCCUUGUACAUAGAGAGAUGAAUUCUGAAUGAUAUUAAUUAAUAUUUUAAUACAAUUUUUAUGACACUAUUAGACCUUUGUAAUAGUUAUAAAUGUCGAGUUAGGAGUAUCACCUAGAUAGAAAGAUUUUAUUCACAUAACAUCAUUAUGAAGUGUAGAUAAUGCGAAUAUCUGUAGUUGUAAUAUCUAUGGUGACAUAAUAUCUUCCUGUAUUAGAACUUUGUAAAAUUAUUCAAUUGUUAAUGUAGUUACGAACGUGUUGUUUAAAAUGUUUAAAAUUGUGAAUCCUAAUUAUAUGAGAAUAACGAAUAUUGUAACUGAAAUGUUUUAUACCGAUGUUAUAAUCUGGAUAUAUUUUAUAUUUUUAUAAUCACGGUGUCAUGACAUACUUCCUACGUGAGAACUGAUAAUUAAUAGCCAAUUGUUAAUUCAGUUUUGAGAUUUUAAUAAAAUGAGACUAUUAGAAAUUAUUAAAUUAAAUUAUUAUUACUUUUAAGCGAUAUGAUAAUUUAUUUAUUAGGCCGAUGUUUUGUCUAUUUUGUAUUUAUGUACCUGAAUUCUUAAAAUGUGGCCAUAUUAUUUUUACACAAUUUGAAUGCUAUCCUUAUGAACUAUUGUUAUUCUUUAAUUGACUCCUGUUUUGUAAUAAAUACCUAUCUAAUAAAUUAAUGUGCAUAAUUAUUAAA